AUGGGGUUUGUAAUAUCCUCGAGGGAUAAGAUAAAUAAUAUUUUUGGUGUUUUUGUUUUUGGACUUCUGGCUUUGAGUAUUUGUUUGAGUGGAUUUGGAUGCACCGCUCAACUUCUGCCUGAAGAUGAAGUGCAAACUCUUGAAACAAUAUCCAGAAAACUAGAACUGAAGAGUAGUUUCUGGAACAUCAGCCAAAGUUCUUGUCAGAACAGUGUGGGUUUUAAUACGACAAUAGUCCCCGAAGACAUUCUAAGCAAUGUCACAUGCGAUUGUUCUUCAGUAAUUAAUGGUACUAAUAUUUGCCAUAUCAAGACCAUUCAGUUGAAGGGUCUCAACUUAACGGGAAUUCUACCUGAAGAAUUUGGAAAUCUUACUCAUCUGGAAGAACUUGAUCUCACUCGGAACUACCUCAAUGGAUCAAUCCCUCCAAGCCUUUCUCGUGCCCCUCUCAAAAUUCUGUCUCUUCUUGGAAACCGACUUGGCGGCUCCAUUCCAUCCGCUGAGAUUGGUGACAUAAGUACGCUUCAAUCUUUGGUGUUGGAAGAUAAUCUGCUUGAUGGACCUCUCCCUCAAAGGCUUGGGAGUUUGAGUAAUUUGGAAAGACUACUUUUAUCCGCAAACAAUUUUACAGGGACAAUACCAGAAACAUUUGGAAAUUUAAAGAACUUAACCGAUUUUAGGAUAGAUGGUAGCAGAAUAUCAGGAAGGAUACCUAGUUUCAUUGGGAACUGGACCAAUCUUGGAAGGCUGGAUAUGCAAGGCACAUCCAUGGAGGGCCCUAUUCCUUCAACCAUAUCACUUUUGAGAAACUUAACUGAAUUGAGGAUUUCGGAUUUGAGCGGAUCAAGCUCAAGUUUCCCGGAUUUGCAGGACUUGAAUCUUUUGAAAAUAUUGAUAUUGAGGAAUUGCUUAAUUAGUGAUGAAAUUCCGUCCUACAUUGGAGAUUUGACAAGCUUGAAAACAUUAGACCUGAGUUUCAACAAAAUUACCGGUCAAAUUCCGCAGACAAUGCAGAGUAUCACUAAAAAUCUAGACUUCGUGUUUUUCACCAACAACUCGCUGACCGGAGAAGUACCAGAUUGGAUCAUGAAUACACAAAAUAAAUUUGAUUUGUCUUACAACAAUUUCACGAGGUCAUCUCAACUUAGUUGCUCGAGUUUGUCUGUGAAUCUAGUUUCUAGUUACUCAUCUUCAGAGGGCCAGUCAUGGUGCUUGAAGAAGGAUCUCCCUUGCUCCGGAAAACCACAACAUCAUUCUUUGUUUAUCAAUUGUGGAGGGACGAAAUUGGAACAUGACGGCAAUGAAUACGAGGAGGACCUAACCGAUGGGGGCGCUGCGCACUUCGUUUCUUCAGCAGAAAAAUGGGCAUAUAGUAGUACAGGGGUUUACAUGGGAAAAUCUGAUGCACCAUACAGAGCAACUUUUGCAAAUGAGACUAAACCGCAGUUUUAUCAAUCAGCCCGCCUUUCCCCUCUAUCACUCAAGUAUUAUGGCCUUUGCUUGCGUGAGGGCAGUUACAAAGUGCAGCUUCACUUUGCUGAAAUCAUGUAUUCUGAUAACCAGACAUUUACUAGUCUUGGCAGGCGCAUAUUCGAUGUCUCAAUUCAAGGGAACUUAGUUUUGAAGGACUUCAACAUCAUGGAGGAAGCUGGAGGGGUUGGAGUAGGCUUAACAAAGACAUUUGAUAAUGUUUUUGUUAACGGUAGCACUCUAGAGAUCCACUUGUACUGGGCGGGGAAAGGAACUACUGCUAUUCCUGACAGAGGUGUUUAUGGACCUCUUAUAUCUGCCAUUACUGUGACACCAAACUUCAAUGUCGAUACUGGCGGGUUGUCUGUUGGAGCAAUUGUUGGCAUUGUAGUUGGAUCGUUUGUUGGUGUCCUUUUUAUUUUGGUGGCACUUUGGAAGAUGGGUUUCUUGGGGGGAAAGGGCAUCGAAGAUCCAGAACUACGUGGAUUGGAGUUGCAAACAGGUUACUUUUCACUAAGACACAUUAAAGCUGCUACCGGUAACUUUGACUCUGCAAAUAAGAUAGGUGAAGGAGGUUUUGGGCCGGUUUACAAGGGGGUACUAUCAGAUGGUCGUGUGAUUGCUGUUAAGCAGUUGUCAUCCAAAUCGAAGCAAGGGAACCGUGAAUUUAUAACCGAGAUAGGCAUGAUAUCUGCAUUACAACACCCGAAUCUUGUGAAGCUUUUUGGUUGCUGCAUUGAAGGCAAUCAAUUGAUGCUCAUAUAUGAAUACUUGGAAAACAAUAGUCUUGCUCGCGCACUUUUUGGUUCCAAGGAACAGCAGCUACACUUGGACUGGCGAACAAGACAGAAGAUAUGUUGGGGGAUCGCAAGGGGGUUAGCUUAUCUUCAUGAGGAGUCAAGGUUGAAAAUAGUUCAUCGCGAUAUAAAGGCAACAAAUGUGCUGCUUGAUAGGGAUCUAAAUGCUAAGAUAUCUGACUUUGGUUUGGCAAAACUUGAUGAAGAAGAGAACACCCAUAUCAGCACACGCAUAGCCGGAACAGUAGGUUAUAUGGCUCCUGAGUAUGCAAUGAGGGGUUACUUGACUGACAAGGCAGAUGUUUACAGCUUUGGAGUGGUGGCUUUAGAAAUAGUCAGUGGGAAAAGCAACACAAAUUACAGGCCAAAGGAGGAGUUUGUUUAUCUUCUUGAUUGGGCCUAUGUCCAACAAGAACAAGGAAAUCUCUUGGAACUUGUGGAUCCUAGCCUCGGCUCAAAGUACUCGAAGGAGGAGGCUAUGAGAAUGCUUAACAUAGCGCUCUUAUGCACCAACCCAUCUCCCACUCUUAGACCAACCAUGUCUUCUGUGGUGAGCAUGCUGGAGGGAAAGAUCCCGGUCCAAGCCCUGUUGGCGAAGCGCAGCUCGUCGGAGCAGGAUCCGCGGUUCAAAGCCUUUGAGAAGCUAACACAUGACAGCCAAACAGACAACUCUUCAUACUCACACGACAGCCACCAACCAGGCAUGUCUAUAGAUGGGCCAUGGAUUGAUUCCUCUGUUUCUCUCCAGAGUAGGGAUGAUAACCCGACCAACACCACGUCAAGUAGUGUUAAGGAUCUUUAUGAUGUCGAUUUGGAAACAUGGAAAGACUAGCAAAGGAACAAGAUUUUACUUUCAUUUGGAACUCGUUUCAAAAUGAUUUUAUUUUUUAUAUAAAAAAAAAAUGAAAACGUUUUCAA